AUGACCCCACGGCUGCGGCGCGCGGUGCUGUGCACCCUGGCCGCCGUAGCGCUGCUGUCCGCCGUUCCCGUCGCCCUCGCGUCACGGAAACUGCCGCCGUACAUCAAGCCGUGCUCCCGGAACGACAUCCACCUGGACGAGUGUGCUCUACACAGUGCACGGACUGCGCUGCCGGACAUCAUCAAAGGUGACCGCAGGUACGGGCUGCAGCCGCUGGACCCGCUGCGGCUGACGGAGGUGCUGCUGGAGCAGGGCCGCGGGCUCACCCUCGCUCUCCGAGACGUCGACGUCAUCGGCCUGCACGCCACCGACAUCAGCAGCGUACGAUUGGAGAUACCAACGCACACUAUGAAAAUCAACCUGUCUGUACCACAUGUUGAAAUUGUGGGAAACUAUGAGAUCCAGGGGAAGGUAUUGGUGGUACCGAUUACGGGAAAAGGGAAAGCAAAUAUCACUCUUGACGGUGUGCACGCGUCUUACACGUUCAGACACGACCUAUUCAGGAAGUCUGACGGCAAGCAGUACAUCAGAGGCAAGGAGCACACGUUAAGGGUGACUGCAGCUAAGGGUAGUGCACACUUCGAAAACCUCUUCAACGGCGACAAGAAACUAGGAGAUUCUGUCAACAAAUUCAUCAAUGAAAACUGGAGAGAAGUGAUGCAAGAAAUCCGUGCUCCUAUUGAGGAGACGAUCAUACAAGUUGUGAAGAGAAUCCUAACCAGCUUUGCCAAUGUCAUACCCUAUGAUGAAAUCCUGCUCCCAAAAUAA